AUGUAUCCACGUAUCUAUACAGGUAUCCUGCCACCUAUCAAUCCACCUAUGCAAAGACGUAUCUAUCCACAUAUCAAUACACGUAUAUAUCCACGCAUCCAUCCACGUAUAUAUCAACGUAUCUAUCCCCGAAUCUAUCCACGUAUCUAUUCACUUUUCAAUCCAGGUAUCCAACCACAUAUCUAUCCAUCUAACCAACCACGUAUCUAUCGACCUAGCAAUCCACGCAUCAAUCCGCGUAUCUAUCUACGUAUCUAUCCACAUAUCAAUCCACGUAUCAAUUCACGUAUCUAUCCAGGUAUCUAUCCGCGGUCCUCUCCACGUAUGUAUCCACAUAUCUCUUCAAAUAUCAAUCCACGUAUAAAUCCGGGCAUCAUUCCACGUAACUAUACAGGAUUCUUUCCACGUAUCCAUCCACGUAUCCAACCACGUAUCUAUCCACGGAUCAAUCCACCUAUCAAUCCGGGCAUCAAUCCACGAAACUGUUCAGGGUUCUCUCCAUGUAUCUAUCGACGUAUCCACACGCAGAUUUUUCCACAUAUCCAACCACGUAUCUUUCCACGUAUAUAUCUACCUAACUUAACAAGUAUUAUUCCACGUAUCUAUCCUCACAUCAAUCCACGUAACUAUCCGCGAUACUCUCCACGUAUCUAUCCACGUAUCUAUCCACGGAUCAAUCCACCUAUCAAUCCGGGCAUCAAUCCACGAAAUUGUUCAGGGUUCUCUCCAUGUAUCUAUCGACGUAUCCACACGCAGAUUUUUCCACAUAUCCAACCACGUAUCUUUCCACGUAUAUAUCUACCUAACUUAACAAGUAUUAUUCCACGUAUCUAUCCUCGCAUCAAUCCACGUAUCUAUCUACGUAUCUAUCCACAUAUCAAUCCACGUAUCAAUUCACGUAUCUAUCCAGGUAUCUAUCCGCGGUCCUCUCCACGUAUGUAUCCACAUAUCUCUUCAAAUAUCAAUCCACGUAUAAAUCCGGGCAUCAUUCCACGUAACUAUACAGGAUUCUAUCCACGUAUCCAUCCACGUAUCCAACCACGUAUCUAUCCACGGAUCAAUCCACCUAUCAAUCCGGGCAUCAAUCCACGAAACUGUUCAGGGUUCUCUCCAUGUAUCUAUCGACGUAUCCACACGCAGAUUUUUCCACAUAUCCAACCACGUAUCUUUCCACGUAUAUAUCUACCUAACUUAACAAGUAUUAUUCCACGUAUCUAUCCUCACAUCAAUCCACGUAACUAUCCGCGAUACUCUCCACGUAUCUAUCCACGUAUCUAUCCACGGAUCAAUCCACCUAUCAAUCCGGGCAUCAAUCCACGAAAUUGUUCAGGGUUCUCUCCAUGUAUCUAUCGACGUAUCCACACGCAGAUUUUUCCACAUAUCCAACCACGUAUCUUUCCACGUAUAUAUCUACCUAACUUAACAAGUAUUAUUCCACGUAUCUAUCCUCGCAUCAAUCCACGUAUCUAUCUACGUAUCUAUCCACAUAUCAAUCCACGUAUCAAUUCACGUAUCUAUCCAGGUAUCUAUCCGCGGUCCUCUCCACGUAUGUAUCCACAUAUCUCUUCAAAUAUCAAUCCACGUAUAAAUCCGGGCAUCAUUCCACGUAACUAUACAGGAUUCUAUCCACGUAUCCAUCCACGUAUCCAACCACGUAUCUAUCCACGGAUCAAUCCACCUAUCAAUCCGGGCAUCAAUCCACGAAACUGUUCAGGGUUCUCUCCACGUAUCUAUCGACGUAUCCAGCCACAGAUUUUUCCAUAUAUCCAACCACGUAUCUUUCCACGUAUAUAUCUACCUAACUUAACAAGUAUUAUUCCACGUAUCUAUCCUCACAUCAAUCCACGUAACUAUCCGCGAUACUCUCCACGUAUCUAUCCACGGAUCAAUCCACCUAUCAAUCCGGGCAUCAAUCCACGAAAUUGUUCAGGGUUCUCUCCAUGUAUCUAUCGACGUAUCCACACGCAGAUUUUUCCACAUAUCCAACCACGUAUCUUUCCACGUAUAUAUCUACCUAACUUAACAAGUAUUAUUCCACGUAUCUAUCCUCGCAUCAAUCCACGUAUCUAUCCGCGAUACUCUCCACGUAUCUAUCCACGUACCUAUUCACAUAUCAAUCCACGUAUCAAUCCGUGCAUCAAUCCACGUAACCAUCCAGGAAUCAUUCCACGUAUCUAUCCACGUAUCCAGCCACGUAUCUAUCAAAGCAUCAAUCCGCGUAUCUAUCAACGUAUAUAUCCACGCAUCCAUCCACGUAUAUAUCAACGCAUCUAUCCCCGAAACUAUACACGCACCGAUUCACUUUUCAAUCCAGGUAACAAUCCACGUGUCUGUCCACGUAUCUCUCCACGUAUCAAUCCACUCAUCAAUCCACGUAUCUAUUAA